AUGCCAGUGCCAGAGCAGCCUGCGGAGCAAGAGAAGGGGGCCAUGGUUCCCCCUGUGAUGCCAGCCUCCAAUGGAGACAGAUCUGAGACAGAGACGACCUCUUCCAUCCUUGCCUCUGUCAAAGAGCAGGAGCUUCAGUUUGAACGCCUGACCAGGGAACUUGAGGCUGAGCGUCAGAUUGUUGCCACCCAGCUGGAGAGAUGCAAACUGGGAUCAGAGGCAGGCAGCAUGAGCAGCAUCAGUUCAACAGAUGAGCAGUUUCGUUGGAACGCUCAAGCGGACGGACAAAAGGAUAUUGAGGACGAGUUGACCACAGGUUUGGAGUUGGUGGAUUCCUGCAUUCGCUCCCUUCAGGAAUCUGGAAUACUUGACAGUGGAGAACGACCGGCUCUUCUUUCCCAGAGUUCCUUGCAGCUCAACUCCACCCCGGAGGCUUCGCUCCAGUACUCUGCCAGCUACCAUAGCAACCAGACCCUCGCCCUUAGCGACAGCAUCUCCGCAGCAACUCCUCAGCGCAGUGGGCAGGUUGGAGGAGCUGUUCACAGCUACAACCAGGUGACAUCUAGUCGUGCAGCCCAGCAACAACAAUCACAAACUGGGGCAGGGUCUUACCAUCAGCCUCACCAAAUUGUCACUCAUUCCUCUGCAUCCCAUGUUCAUAGAUUUUUAUGUUCAUUCCCUUGUUCUCUAGGUAUAUACUACUCUAGUUCCACCUUGCCUGCCCAGCGUGUCAGUUCCCCUCUUUCUGGAGGAGGAGGAGGCUCAGGGUCCAGCUCCCCUAGUAAGCUCCAACGCCUGGGAUCAGCUUCUGACACACCAGGGUACUCUACCACUCAACGGUUGCCUUCCUCCUCCUCCUCUCCCAAACAGUCCCCUGCUAAUCGACUGGCCAAGUCAUACAGCACCACGGUUGCUGUGACAACAGCAGGAGGAGGCGGGUCACCCCUGAGGGUGGCAUCUCCACCCAACUCUACAGCAGCAGGGGGAGGGGCCAGCUCAUCAUCAUCCCCUCUUCACCAGAUGAGUUCGGGCAUAGGGAGCUAUGCCACUCUGUCUCCCAAAAGGCUGGCAUCUCACCACGCUUCUGACCAGUACAAGAUCUCCCAUGAGCUUUACGCUACCGCAACACUGCAGAGACCUGGCAGUCUGGCAGGCUCUCGUGGCUCCUACAGUAGUCAGCACAGUCAGGAGGCCCUUCGGCCCUUGGGGUCCCCAGAGCACCACAUAGAUCCCAUCUAUGAAGAACGUGUCUACCACAACAAGGGCCCCAUGAGGAGCCUCAGCCAGAGCCAGGGGCCAGACACAGGCCCCUAUCGCAACAACACCGCUCCCUCCUCCCCUGGUGUCGACUCCGCCCCUUUGCAGCGCACAGGAAGUCACAGCACAGGGACGGGAAACUACAGCCGAGGCGGGAACAACUAUGCCACAGUGGGACCAGGCUACACCUCAAAUCCCUAUGUGGCGGACCCCUACCGCACCCUGCAGUACUGCCCAUCGGUGGUUGAAUCGCCCUACAGCAAGUCUGGACCAGCCCUGCCACCUGAAGGCAGCCUGCAGCGUUCACCUUCUAUCGACUCUAUUCAGAAAGACCCAAGAGAGUUUGGGUGGAGAGAUCCGGAGCUGCCAGAGGUAAUCCAGAUGUUACAGCACCAGUUCCCAUCGGUUCAGUCCAAUGCCGCAGCCUACCUACAGCAUCUCUGCUUUGGAGACAACAAGAUCAAAGCCGAGAUCCGUAGACAGGGAGGCAUUCAGCUGCUGGUCGACCUACUGGACCACAGGAUGAGCGAGGUUCACCGCAGCGCCUGCGGAGCCCUGAGGAACCUGGUAUAUGGCAAAGCCAACGAUGAGAACAAAGUAGCUCUGAAGAACUGCGGGGGGAUUCCUGCCUUGGUCCGCCUGCUGAGAAAGACUGGAGACGUGGAAAUCAGAGAGCUGGUCACAGGUGUGCUAUGGAACCUGUCAUCAUGUGAUGCUCUAAAAAUGCCAAUCAUCCAGGACGCCCUGGCCGUUCUGACCAAUAGCGUCAUCAUACCCCACUCUAACUGGGACUCCUCCCCAAAUCACCAUGAUGACCGCAAGCUCCACCUCCAUACCUCCCAGGUGCUGCGCAAUGCUACAGGCUGCCUCAGGAAUGUAAGCUCCGCAGGUGAGGAGGCAAGACGAAGGAUGCGGGAGUGUGAUGGCCUGACAGAUGCUCUGCUCUACGUCAUCCAGACAUCUCUGGGAAGCAGUGAGAUCGACAGCAAGACUGUAGAGAACUGUGUUUGCAUUCUGAGGAACCUAUCGUACCGCUUGGCUGCCGAGACGUCCCAGGGCCAGCAGGGGGGGUUGGAGGAGCUGGAUAGCCUGCUGUGUGAUGCCAACGGUCGUGAUGGAGAAAGCUCGGGCUGUUGGGGCAAGAAGAAGAAGAAAAAGAAGGGAGCUGACCAGUGGGAUGGUGUGGGCCCUUUUCCAGACACAGCAGAGCCUCCCAAAGGGGUUCAGAUGCUGUGGCACCCUACCAUCGUCAAGCCCUACCUCACCCUGCUGUCUGAAUGCUCAAAUCCCGACACCCUGGAGGGAGCAGCUGGGGCUCUACAGAACCUGGCCGCAGGCAGUUGGAAGUGGUCGGUGUACAUCCGGGCUGCUGUCCGCAAGGAGAAAGGCCUUCCCAUCCUGGUGGAGUUACUGAGGAUAGACAACGACAAAGUGGUGUGUGCCGUGGCUACCGCUCUCAGAAAUAUGGCCCUGGACAUAAGAAACAAGGAGCUAAUUGGUAAAUAUGCCAUGAGAGAUUUGAUCCAUCGGUUACCAGGCAGUAGUAGCAGCAGCCACAAUAAUGCCACCAGCACUGGGACCUCUAGAACCACAGGCCCUCCCAGCAAGGCCAUGUCAGAUGACACGGUAACUGCAAUCUGCUGUGCACUGCAUGAAGUCAUCACAAAGAAUAUGGAGAAUGCCAAAGCCCUGCGCGAUGCUGGUGGUAUUGAAAAACUCAUCGGCAUCGCCCGCAGCAAAGGAGACAAACACUCAGCUAAGGUGGUAAAGGCAGCCUCUCAGGUCCUCAGCAGUAUGUGGCAGUAUAGAGACCUGCGCUCCCUCUACAAGAAGGACGGUUACUCCCAGUAUCACUUUGUGGGCUCUGCCUCAACGAUAGAGAGAGACAGACAGAGACCCUACUCCUCCUCUCGAACUCCCUCUGUCUCCCCUGUCAGGACGUCCCCAAAUAAUCGCUCUGCGAGCGCUCCAGCCUCCCCCAGAGAGAUGAUGAGUCUGAAGGAACGCAAGAUGGACUACGAUUCCACAGCAACCAACGCUGGUUUCCAUAGCAACAAAGGAGAGCACACAUCCCGGAAAGACGGCAUGGCAGUUCAAGUAUCGUGUGGGACAUCCACAUUGUUCCGAAACUCUUACCUGACUGCCAGUGAUGAUAUCAAACAAAAUCAGGUGAACUACGACCCCUAUCCUCCCCCUCCUUCCUUCCCCCAGCCUCAGCCACCGCAGCCUCCACCUCACAGCCAGAGCCGAAGCUUUGAAGAGGCCUAUUACGAGGACCAGGGACCUCCACCUCCCCCAUCGGAAGACCUGCGCAUGCACCUGGGCCUCAAAUCCACUGGCAACUAUGUAGACUUCUACUCAGCUUCUCGGCCAUACAGCGAACUGAACUAUGAGACCAGCCAUUAUCCGGCUUCCCCGGACUCCUGGGUCUAG